AUUUCCUAGUCCGACUUACUUUCGUUUUAGACAGAGUCGGGGAGCAUUUGAGGGGGGUAUUUGGCGCGCGCUCCGGGGCAUCUGCAGACCAGCCAGGAUGAGUCAGUGGUAUAAACUGCAGCAGUUGGAUUCAAAAUUCCUGGAGCAGGUACACCAGCUCUACGAUGACAGUUUCCCCAUGGAGAUACGACAGUAUCUAGCGCAGUGGCUGGAAGCCCAUGACUGGGACCAUGCUGCUAGCGAUGUUGCGCAGGCAACUCUGCUGUUCCAUAACCUGCUGUCUCAGCUUGAUGACCAAUACAGCCGCUUCACACAGGAAAACAACUUUUUGCUUCAGCACAACAUUAGGAAGAGCAAACGUAACCUACAGAACACUUUUGAGGAAGACCCCAUGUUCAUGGCCAUGAUGAUCUCCAAGUGUCUGCACGAAGAACAGAAAAUCCUCCAGUUGGCUGAGACAGUAGAUAAGAUGCAGGUGGGGACUGUGCAGAACGCAGUAGUGCUGGGCAGAGUGAAGGAACUGGAUGCGAAAGUCAAAAGCGUGAAGGAUAGUGUCACUGGAAUCGAACAGAUCAUCAAAAAUCUGGAGGAUGCGCAAGACGAAUACGACUUCAAAUUCAAAACCUUGCAGGUCAGAGAAAACGAGCCCUGUGGCAUGACCCAGGAAGACUUCCUAAAGGAAAAAAUGCAGCUUCACACAAUGUAUUUGCAGCUGGACCUCAUGAGACAGGAUGUGCUACAGAGAAUAACCCUUGCGCUGCAUGUGUCCGAACACACCCAGAACGCCUUGAUUCGAGAGGAGCUGGUGGAAUGGAAGCAGCGGCAGCAAAUGGCUUGCAUCGGAGGGCCGCCCAACGCGUGCUUGGACCAGCUUCAGAACUGGUUUACUACAGUAGCAGAGAGUCUUCAGCAAAUACGCCAGCAGCUUAAAAAGCUGGAGGAGUUGGAGCAGAAGUUUACCUACGACACAGACCCCAUCCCACAGCAGAAAACAGGGCUAUACGAACGGACAUUAAGCCUCUACAAGCAACUCAUUCAGAGUUCCUUCGUGGUAGAAAGACAGCCUUGCAUGCCGACACACUCUCAGAGACCGUUGGUCGUGAAGACUGGAGUGCAAUUUACAGUAAAACUCAGAUUACUGGUGAAACUACAGGAACUGAAUUACAAGUUGAAGGUGCAAGUUGUGUUUGAUAAAGACGUCAACGAGAAAGUUGCCGUUAAAGGAUUUAGAAAAUUUAACAUCUUGGGGACGAAUUCCAAAGUGAUGAACAUGGAAGAGUCGAAUGGAAGCCUGUCAGCAGAAUUUAGACAUCUGCAAUUAAAGGAGCAAAAGAAUCCUGGAAGAACCAACGAGGGGCCUCUCAUUGUAACAGAAGAACUCCAUUCUCUCUCUUUUGAGACAACGCUGGAACAGUGGGGCCUCAUAAUUGAUCUAGAGACCACCUCCCUUCCUAUUGUUGUGAUCUCCAACGUCAGUCAGCUGCCAAGCGGAUGGGCUUCCAUCUUGUGGUACAACAUGCUGACAAAUGAGCCCAAGAAUUUGUCCUUCUUUCUGAACGCCCCGUGUGCAAGAUGGUCGCAGCUUUCCGAAGUGUUGAGUUGGCAGUUUUCUUCCGUCACAAAGCGGGGGCUCAAUGCAGAGCAACUGAGCAUGAUAGGAGAAAAGUUAAUUCCGAACGGAUGCACUGCGGACAGCACUAUUAGUUGGGUGAGGUUCUGUAAGGAAAACAUAAAUGACAAAAACAUUCCUUUCUGGUUGUGGAUUGAAGGCAUCCUUGACCUCAUUAAGAAACAUCUUCUCUCCCUCUGGAACGAUGGAAGCAUCAUAGGCUUCAUAAGCAAAGAACGAGAACGUUGCUUGCUCAAGAAUAAGCCCACUGGUACCUUCCUCCUGAGAUUCAGUGAAAGUAGUCGAGAAGGAGCCAUCACUUUUACCUGGGCAGAAGGACCACAAAAUGAUAAUUUAUGUCACUCUGUGGAACCCUACACAAAGAAGGAACUCUCUGCUGUUAGCCUGCCCGAUAUUAUUCGCAGCUACAAGGUGAUGGCGGCUGAGAAUAUUCCGGAAAACCCCCUGAAAUUUCUUUAUCCAGAUAUUCCCAAAGACAAUGCCUUUGGAAAAUACUACUCCAGGCCCAAAGAGCCCGCGGAACCCAUGGAUGUGGACGGCGCAGGAAAAGGAUACAUCAAAACUGAAUUAAUCUCUGUGUCUGAAGUCCACCCCUCCAGACUGCAGAGCACGGAUAACCUCUUGCCAAUGUCCCCGGAAGAUUUUGACGAGGUCAAACGAGUGAUAGGCUCUGCAGACAUGAUGCUAUGUUCAGAUUAUUGAACGUUAAGGGCUGGCUGGCUAGGCCUGCAUCCAGACGUGGCCGCUCUGAGUUGAGGACCUAUUAAGGCUGUAAAAUGCAUACUAUGCAGUGUCUAAUGUAUCGCUGCUGUCCUGCUUUGUUUGCCGAAAGCACAGCUUUAAAAAGUUAAAUGGGUUUGUUCUUUUGUCACUGAAGGCUAGUGAUCCAGUACGUAACUUAUUUUCCAGCAACUUGUUUGUGUGUGUGUCAGCCGGUGUGUGCUUAUGGCGAUUUGAUUUUAUUAGUUUUGCAUACAUUCCUAGCUUGUUCCCUGUAAAAUGGAAUGUUCUUUUAAAAACAAAGCACCAAGAGCGUUCAAAUUGGAAGCCUCGGUUUCCUGCUGAAAUCAAAUCUGGUUUUGUUGCUGUGUCAAAGAGAGGCAAAAUGCAUACAGAUCAGGACUCCUUGGUGGGGUACUGUUAAGAGUCCUGACUAGCUCUGGAGACCUGGUAAUGUCUCCUUCAAAGUACACCCCCUGUUCCCUGGGGUGUAGCUUGAUGCAAGCGUUGUACCCCAAGCACACAGCACUUGGGCCUAUUCUAACACUUACGAUUCCACUUUUUAGCCUACAGGAAAGCUAAGUGAAAGUGUGUUGCUGGAGGUGGGAACAAGAUCAUUCACCACCAAAGUGCAGAGCACUGGUGUGGAAAUAGGCAAGGAGUCCCCCAGGAACUUUUAAGAGAUCCUGAGGGAUAUCUCAGUUGGUAGAGCAUGAGACUCUUACUACCAGGGUCAUGGGUUCAAGCCCCACGUU